AUGUUUGUUGAGAAUGCCUGGAUUGAAAAUAUAACACACUCGGAAAAUAACUUAGUACAAACUCUUGAAAGUCUAGGUAAGGACUUUGGUCUUUGGAAUAAAAACAUUUUCAAAAACAUAUUUAAAAACAAAGAAGAGAUUAUAAAGAAAUUAGAUAGAGAGAAUGCAAAGCCAGGACAUUUAGUAUCUAGAAAAGUGUUGAAAAAAUUAGAAGAUGAACUUGAAACUUGGAAUAAGAUUGAAACUAUUUACUGGUUGGAGUACAGUAGAGAUAGAUUUUUCAAAGAGCAUGAUAGGUGUACUACGUAUUUUCAUGUGGUUGCUUUUAAUAGAAGAAGGCAUAAUUCAAUACAUAUGCUUAGAGAUGAAUAUGGGCUGUGGAUAGAAGGGAAGGAUCAAUUAGAUUUGAUUCUUAAGAAUCAUUUUGCUAAGAUUAGUAGUUCUUCUGGUGGGCAAAUAAAUCAUAUAUUUGAAAAUCUAAUUACUGCAGUUAUAUCUGAGGAGGAGAAUAAUGAGUUAGUGAGUAAUCCAGAAGUAGAUGAGAUUAAAAUGGUUUUAUUUAGCAUGAACCCAUGGUGGUCUUCAGGUCCAGAUGGAUAUCCACCGGGUUUUUUCAAACCCAUUGCAAUCUAG